GUCCACCCACAUGCCACAUGUAGAAAGAUUCUCCAAACUAAUUUCACAGUGCUCAAAAUCCCAAUUCACGGAAUAAGACCACAAAGUUGCCCGCCUUACACUACCAAAUUACUCGAAUCUUAAGUACCAACAACAAAAUGAAACCGCCCUUUUUUUUUCAAUCUCAAAUGUGUCAAAACCCCCUAAAAACAAACUCCGCGAAAACUCUUUCCCAAUUUUCGAAUUUCGAACCGGUGAAUUUAAUCAAUCAAAAAAACCAAACCCAAAAGUUUAACAUAACAUCGUAUUUUUUUUUAACAAGGACCGCGAAAAGUUUAACAUUUUUGAACAUAUUCUCAAAUGGCGCCCUUAUAUCACACUACUACAAAAUCUCUCUCUUCUCCUACCUCCAUUUUCACCUUUCUUACUUUCUCUCUCUAUCAUUCUCAUUACUUUCUCUCUCAUCUUUUAUUCUAUUUCUUCUUCUUCAAUAACAAUGGCGAAUCAGGAGAACUGUAUGAGGGUCACUAGACUAUCAGCAAAGCGAAGAGCAGCUGAAGCUUUGUCUGAUCAACCGCAGCAACAACCACCAGCGAAGCAAAAACGGGUUGUUUUAGGUGAAAUUUCGUCGAAUGUUUUGGGUAGUUCAAGCUUAAAAUCAUGUUCUGAGCCUCGAACACGAGCUCGUUCGAGGAAAUCUAGUAAAUUCAGUAGCUCUAACUUGAUUCCGGCGUCGGAAAAAACGCCGGAGGAGGAUGUUGUGGGUCCACCGAAAGUUUCUAAUGAUGAUAUUGAUGCUGUUUCUAAUGAUCCUCAAAUGUGUGGUCCAUAUGUUACUGGAAUUUAUGAAUAUCUUCGUAAUAUGGAGCAAGAAGAGAAGAGAAGGCCACAAGGGGAUUACAUGCAGAAGAUUCAGAAAGAUGUGAGUGCAAAUAUGAGAGGAAUUUUGGUGGAUUGGUUAGUUGAGCUUGCUGAAGAAUUUAAAGUUGUUUCUGAUACACUUUAUUUGACAAUUUCACACAUCGAUCGAUUUUUAUCGACAAAACCUAUUAAUCGACAAAGACUUCAGCUUCUGGGUGUUUCUGCAAUGCUUAUUGCAUCAAAGUAUGAAGAAAUAGAUCCAAAACCUGUGGAAAAAUUUUGUGAUAUGACAGAAAAUACCUACACUAAACAUGAGGUUGUAGAAAUGGAGGCUGAAGUGCUUAAAACUCUCAACUAUGAGAUGGGUAAUCCUACGGCGAAGACAUUUCUCAGGAGGUUCACCAGGGUUGCUCAAGGAAAUUCUAAAAAUCCCAAUCUGCAAUUGGAAUUUUUGGGUUACUACUUGGCUGAGCUCAGUUUGUUAGAUUAUGGCUGUGUGAAGUUCUUACCUUCUAUGGUAGCGGCAUCAGUUAUUUUCCUUGCAAAGUUUACAAUCCAUCCGAAAAAGCACCCAUGGAAUUCAAGCUUGCAAAGUUACACCGGAUAUAAGCCUUCAGAUCUAAAAGAAUGUGUUCUUCGGAUCCAAGACUUGCAACUAGAUAGAAGAGGCGGAUCUUUGGUAGCAGUAAAAAACAAAUACAAGCAGCAUAAGUACAAAUGCGUUUCAACGUUGACAUCUCUAUCAGAGAUACCCGCUUCUUAUUUUGAGGAUGUUAAUGAGAGAUAGAUCCGUGGGGGAUAGUAGAUCUUGCUUCUUUUACCAUAGAUAGAGUUCUCUUGGUUAAGCGCAUAAGGAUUUUUGGGGUCCUGGACCAGCAUUACGCGUAUUAUUGCUGCUGAUUGUAUCUGAAUGGCUUGCUUUGGAUCGUCAAACCAGUGCUGAGAUGAAUGCGAAGCCAUGACACUGCCCUGUGCUUAUACGACUAAUAGAGCUGAUGAAGUUAGCGGAGAACUUUUUUGUGCAGUAUAUAAGCAUGUAACUUAGGCAUAAGCUGUAGAUGAUUCGUCUAGUGCCUAAUUGAGGUUACCUAAUUGAUGUUGACUGAGCUUAGCACUUGAUGGAAGAUUCUUACUUAUAAGAGUUGCAGUUUUUGACACAUCUUGUUGUUCAUGCCAUAGUCGAUCUUUCAAAUUAUGAGUAAAGUUUUGGUAAAUAUCAA